CGCCCGGGUUUAGGAGGUUGGAUCCACGCCAGGCCUGUGGCCUUAGCCCCGGGGCCACCAGGCGGCCGCGAUCGGGCGGGAGGACGGAUCGGCUGGUCCGCUGUAGCGCGGCCAUGGGCUCCGGGGGCUCCAGCGCCGCGCAGAUCCCGGACGCGGACAACAUUCGGCGGGAGACGGGCUUCUCGCAGGCCAGUUUGCUCCGUCUCUACCACCGGUUUCGGGCCCUGGACAGGAACAAGAAAGGUUACCUGAGCCGCGUGGACCUGCAGCAGAUCGGGGCGCUGGCUGUGAACCCCCUGGGGGAUCGCAUUAUAGACAGCUUCUUCCCUGAUGGGAGUCUGCGAGUGGAUUUCCCAGACUUUGUGAGAGUCCUGGCUCACUUCCGACCUGUAGAUGAGGACACAGGAACCCGGGACCCCAACGAACCUGAACCCCUCAACAGCAGAAUGAACAAACUUCGCUUUGCAUUUCAGCUGUAUGAUCUGGAUCGAGAUGGGAAGAUUUCCAGGCAUGAGAUGCUACAGGUACUCCGGCUGAUGGUUGGGGUACAGGUGACAGAAGAGCAGCUGGAGAGCAUUGCUGACCGCACAGUGCAGGAAGCUGAUGAAGAUGGAGAUGGGGCUGUGUCCUUCCUGGAGUUCACCAAGUCCUUAGAGAAGAUGAACAUUGAGCAGAAGAUGAGCAUCCGGAUCCUGAAGUGACCUUCAUUGUGCAUCUGGCCAGCUUGAAAAGAACAGUUCUGCCUGGGGUUCGUCCUUAGCGUCCAUGGAGGGAUGGGCUCCAAUAAACUGUAUUUUUACAUCUACAUUGAACCGUAUUUAGGGUCAAGGAGGCAAAGCUGAAUGGGUGUGUACUAAAGUCUAACUCAUUUGAUUCUGGAUAAGCAAAUCAGCCAAUGAUCUUGGUUGCAAGUGACUGAAAUGCCAAAUCAAAGGGACUUCAGUUAAAAGGGGACUUUUUGGACUCGUAAAAGUGUGGAAGUGUCUUCAGGCACAGCUGGAUCCAAAAGCUCUCAUGAUGCUAUCUGGACUCAAUUAUUUUCCAUCUGUCAGAUUUUUUUUUUUGUAUGUGUUGGCUUCAUUCUAGAAAGGGUCUUUCCUCAUGGUGGAGUAUGGCCACCACUUGCUCCAGGCUUCCUCAGUAACCCAGUGGGAACAGAUUUUGUUUUGCAAUAAUUUCACGCAAAGAGUGUCAUCAGCUCACUGGGGCCUUGUCCCUACUUCAGGGGUAGGGAAUAUUCUGAUUGGCCUGGUGUGUGUCAUGUGUUAGCUGCUAUAGCCAAGAAAUAGGUACUGAGGACUCAGGAUGGGGUAAGGGAUGUUUACUUAAACUUUAAGCCUUAAAGGACAACAAAGUGCUAUUAUCAGAAGAAGGGGGAUGAUGUUGGUUAGACAAAAUAAGAUAUCCAUUACUGUUAAGUUGACUAAAUGUAUGGAUUCCUGAAGUCCUUAAACAGGUGUUCACUUGAUCCCAUGGGUGCAUGCUGUUGAUUUGGGUGGAGGGGGAAAGAGGUGAUAUUAAAAUAAUAAACAAGACAUGCCUUCCUGUAAUAUGAAA